GCCCCGCCUACCCCUGCUGCCGGCCCGCGGUGUCCCGGCGGCUGCACGUACCUCUGGCUCCCCGGACAAUUUAUUCAUUUUUGAAGUAAUUCUCUUCGAAUCAUUUGGAAGCCAAAAUGGAUCACAUUAAGCAAGUUCGAAUUUUACUUUUAAACGACAUGGAAAAACUAGAAAAGACUCUCUUCAGGCUUGAACAAGGUUUUGAACUACAAUUCCGAUUAGGCCCAACUUUACAAGGGAAGACAGUAACUGUCUACACAAAUUAUCCACAUCCUGGAGAAGAAUUUAGUCGACAAAAGUUCCGGCCCCUUGCUUGGGAAAAUCCAACAGAAAGGGAAGAUGAUUCAGACAAAUACUGUAAACUUAAUCUUCAAAAAGCUGGAUCAUUUCAAUAUUAUUUCAAUCAGGAAAAUGAGAAGAGUGGUGGAGGUUAUAUAGUCGUGGACCCUAUUUUACACAUUGGAACUGAUAAUCAAGUAUUACAUUUGGACUGUGUUACUCUCCAGACAUUUCUAGCCAAAUGUUUAGGACCUUUUGAUGAAUGGGAAAGCAGACUCAGAGUUGCAAAAGAAUCGGGUUACAACAUGAUUCAUUUUACCCCACUUCAGACUUUGGGGCUGUCUAGGUCAUGUUAUUCAUUGUCUAAUCAGUUGGAACUGAGUCCUGACUUUUCUACACCUAAUAAACAGUAUACUUGGAGUGAUGUCGGACAACUGGUUGAAAAAAUGAAAAGGGAAUGGAACAUUCUUUGUAUUACUGAUGUUGUCUACAACCAUACUGCUGCCAAUAGUAAAUGGAUUCAGGAGCAUCCGGAAUGUGCAUACAAUCUAGUGAAUUCUCCACACCUGAAGCCAGCUUGGCUCCUGGACAGGGCACUUUGGCACUUAACAUGUGAUGUUUCAGAAGGAAAAUACAAAGAAAAAGGACUACCUGCUUUGAUUGAAAAUGACCAGCAAAUGAAUAGUAUUCGAAAAAUAGUUUGGGAGGAUAUUUAUCCCAAGAUUCAGCUCUGGGAAUUUUUUCAAGUGGAUGUUAACAAAGCAGUGCAACAAUUUAGAGCCCUUCUUACACAAGAAAACAGGAAAACAAUAACAAAAUCUGACCCAAAGCAGCUUCUUAAGAUUACUCAGGACCCAGAAUACAAACGACUUGGUUGUACUGUAGAUAUGAACAUUGCUUUAGCUACUUUCAUACCACAUAACAGUGGACCAGCUGCAAUUGAUGAGUGCUGCAACUGGUUCCGUAAAAGAAUUGACGAAUUAAAUGCAGAGAAACUUCGACAAAUAAACUACCAUCAAGAACAGGCAGUUAAUUGUAUUUUGGGAAAUGUGUUUUAUGAACGACUGGCUGGCCAUGGUCCUAAAUUAGGUCCUGUUACUAGAAAACAUCCUCUAGUUACCAGAUACUUUACUUUCCCAUUUGGAGAAAUGACACUUGCAGAAGAAGAAACCUUUAUUAAUCGCCCAGAUAAAAGUUGUUUCUUCAUGGCACAUAAUGGCUGGGUAAUGGGAGAUGAUCCUCUUCGAAACUUUGCUGAACCAGGUUCAGAAGUUUAUCUGAGGAGAGAGCUCAUUUGCUGGGGUGACAGUGUGAAAUUACGCUAUGGAAAUAAACCAGAAGACUGUCCAUACCUUUGGGCUCACAUGAAAAAAUAUACUGAAAUAACUGCCACUUAUUUCCAGGGAGUACGCCUGGAUAACUGCCACUCAACGCCUCUUCAUGUAGCUGAGUAUAUGCUUGAUGCUGCUAGGAAAUUACAGCCCAAUUUGUAUGUAGUGGCUGAGCUGUUCACAGGAAGUGAGGAGCUGGACAAUAUCUUUGUGACUAGACUGGGCAUUAGCUCCUUAAUAAGAGAGGCAAUGAGUGCUUAUAAUAGUCAUGAAGAGGGCAGACUAGUUUACCGAUAUGGAGGAGAACCUGUUGGAUCCUUUGUUCAACCAUGUUUGAGACCUUUAAUGCCUGCUAUUGCACAUGCUCUGUUCAUGGAUAUUACACACGAUAAUGAAUGUCCUAUUGUGCAUCGGUCAGCAUAUGAUGCUCUCCCAAGUUCCACAAUUGUUUCCAUGGCUUGUUGUGCUAGUGGAAGUGCUAGAGGCUAUGAUGAAUUAGUACCUCAUCAGAUUUCUGUAGUGUCUGAAGAAAGGUUUUAUACUAAGUGGAAUCCUCAUGCAUCUCCUUCAAAUUCAAGUGAAGUUAACCUCCAAAGUGGAAUUAUUGCUGCAAGACGGGCCAUUAAUAAGUUACACCAAGAGCUUGGAGCUAAAGGUUUUAUUCAGGUGUAUGUUGAUCAAGUUGAUGAAGACAUAGUAGCAGUAACAAGACACUCACCUAGUAUCCAUCAGUCUGUAGUGGCUGUGUCUCGAACUGCAUUCAGGAAUCCUAAGACAUCAUUUUACAGCAAAGAAGUUCCUCAAAUGUGCAUCCCAGGCAAAAUUGAAGAAGUUGUUCUUGAGGCUAGAACUGUUGAAAGAAAUACAAGUCCAUACAGAAAAGAUGAGAAUUCAAUCAAUGGAAUGCCAAAUAUCACAGUAGAGAUUAAAGAACAUAUCCAGCUUAAUGAAAGUAAAAUUGUGAAGCAAGCUGGAGUUGCCAAAAAAGGUCCUAAUGAAUAUGUUCAAGAAAUAGAGUUUGAAAACUUAACUCCAGGAAGUGUUAUUAUAUUCAGAGUUAGUCUUGAUCCUCAUGCACAAGUGGCUGUUGGCAUUCUUCGAAAUCAUUUGACACAGUUUAAUCCUCAUUUUAAAACUGGAAGCCUUCCUGUUGACAACGCAGAUCCUAUACUAAAAAUUCCUUUUGUUUCAAUAGCAUCCAAAUUAACUCUGGCUGACCUAAACCAAUUACUCUACCGCUGUGAGUCAGAAGAACAAGAGGAUGGUGGAGGAUGCUAUAAUAUACCAAAUUGGUCACCCCUUAAAUAUGGAGGACUUCAAGGUUUAAUGUCUGUGUUAGCAGAAAUAAGACCAAAGAAUGACCUGGGUCAUCCUUUUUGUAAUAAUUUAAGGUCUGGAGAUUGGAUGAUUGACUAUGUCAGUAAUCGGCUGAUUUCACGCUCAGGAACUAUUGCAGAAGUUGGUAGAUGGUUGCAAGCUGUGUUCUUCUACUUGAAGCAGAUUCCACGUUACCUUAUCCCAUGUUACUUUGAUGCUAUAUUAAUUGGGACAUACACCACUCUUCUGGAUGUAGCGUGGAAUCAGAUGUCAAGCUUUGUUCAGAAUGGCUCGACAUUUGUAAAACACCUUUCGCUGGGUUCAGUUCAAUUGUGUGGAGUAGGAAAGUUCCCCUGUCUUCCCCUUCUUUCUCCCUCACUUCCUGAUGUCCCGUAUAGACUAAAUGAGGUAACCAGAGAGAAGGAGCAAUGCUGUGUUUCUCUAGCUGCUGGCUUACCUCAUUUUUCAUCUGGUAUUUUCCGCUGCUGGGGAAGGGAUACCUUUAUCGCUCUUAGAGGUAUACUUCUGAUUACUGGACGCUACUUAGAGGCCAGGAAUAUAAUUUUAGCAUUUGCUGGUACCCUGAGACAUGGACUCAUUCCCAAUCUCCUUGGUGAAGGAACUUAUGCCAGGUUUAAUUGCCGAGAUGCUGUGUGGUGGUGGUUACAGUGUAUUCAGGAUUACUGCAAAAUGGUUCCAAAUGGCACAGACAUUCUUAAGUGCCCAGUUGCCAGAAUGUAUCCUACAGAUGAUUCUCCCCCUUUGCCAGCAGGCACAUUGGAUCAGCCAUUGUAUGAAGUAAUACAAGAAGCUAUGCAACGCCACCUGCAGGGUAUACAGUUCCGAGAAAGGAAUGCUGGCCCACAGAUAGAUAGAAACAUGAAGGAUGAAGGAUUUAAUAUAACUGCAGGAGUAGAUGAUCAAACAGGUUUUGUUUUUGGAGGAAAUCGCUUUAAUUGUGGUACCUGGAUGGAUAAAAUGGGGGAGAGUGACAGAGCUCGAAACAGAGGAAUUCCAGCCACCCCGAGAGAUGGUUCUGCUGUGGAAAUUGUUGGCUUGAGCAAAUCAGCUGUUCAUUGGUUACUGGAAUUAUCAAAAAGGAAUUUGUUUCCUUAUCAUGCAGUUACAGUAAAAAGAAAUGGAAAAGAUGUAAAAAUCUCAUAUGAGGAGUGGAACAGGAAAAUACAAGACCACUUCGAAAAGCUGUUCCAUGUUUCAGAAGACCCAUCAGAUCCUAAUGAAAAGCAUCCUGAUUUAGUUCACAAACGUGGAAUAUACAAAGACAGUUAUGGAGCUUCAAGUCCUUGGUGUGACUACCAACUCAGGCCAAAUUUCACUAUAGCAAUGGUUGUAGCUCCUGAGCUCUUUACUCCAAAGAAGGCAUGGAAAGCUUUGGAAAUAGCAGAGAAAAAGUUACUUGGUACCCUGGGAAUGAAAACUUUGGACCCUGAUGACAUGGUUUACUGUGGAGUAUAUGAUAAUUCUUUAGACAAUGACAACUACAAUCUUGCUAGAGGUUUUAAUUAUCACCAAGGACCUGAAUGGCUAUGGCCAAUUGGAUACUUUCUUCGUGCAAAAUUAUAUUUUUCUAAGUUAAUGGGCCAGGAAGCUUAUUCACAGACAGUGUUUUUGGUUAAAAAUGUUCUUUCUCGUCAUUAUGUUCAUCUUGAGAGAUCCCCUUGGAAGGGCCUUCCUGAGCUGACAAAUGAGAAUGGACAAUACUGUUCUUUCAGCUGUGAAACACAGGCUUGGUCAAUUGCUGCUAUUCUUGAGAUUCUUUUUGACUUAUAGAUAGUUGACUUUUGAUAGUUCCAUAUAGUAUAUGCUCAAUUGUGUAACCUCACAUAGUUUGCACACUCUCAGUUCAUUUAAAAAUAAAAAUAAAUCCCACUAGUAUUGCAGUUUCCAUUUAGGUAAAGCUUUGAAUUCAGUUCAAGUUAACCAACACUUAUUAAGCACCUAUUAUGUGCAAUGUACUGUGCUAAUGUUUAAUGAAAGCAUUAAUUUUGUCAAUGUAGAUGAGUUGAUUUAUAUUAGAAGGGGGAAAUCAUUAUUACCCAUAAAGUAUUUAUUUUUAUUUUAAAUUUAGAAAAUAUUCUUCAAUUUAAGAAAUAGUACAUCUUUAGAAAAAUAAUCAUGGUCUUCUUUCUUUCAUUUGUGCACUUGCUAAACUUAAAAAAAAUUGGCAAAAGUACUUAAAAGAAAUUAAAAAGGCAUCUUUUUAUAGGGGUAUGUUCUGAUGUAGUAAUAUGGAGGCUUCCAUAAGCUGUGGGCUUAUUAUGCCAUCUCCAUCUACAUUUUAUUUUCAAUAAAUAGAGAAUAUAAUUCCAUUUCAAACAUUUAUUAAGUACCUUCUAGACAGAAGUCACUGUGCUAGACAUUGAGCUUUUUCAUUGAAAAAAAUAGUAUUUUGCAUUUGAUGCAGCUCUAAUAAAAAUCUUUUUCCCAUUUAAAAUGUCCUGUGCAAUGUCCAAGGUAAAAUUUGCAGCCUGUUGAACUUAAUUCCUAAGGUAAUCUAUAAAAUUUUCCUUCAUCUCCAGAAAGGUAGACUCCCUUAUAUUACACUUUAAGUGACAUUGCAUGGCCCAAUAAAAGGGGGAGAGAAGUCAAAUAAUGGGAAAAAUAAAGGACUCUUGAUUGGAUAACUCUUUAGUGUUAAUUAACAACUGAAUUCCAGUUAAAUAUAAAAGUAGUGACCAAACAAAAAGAUGUUUUUCAAAUAGUCUCUAUUAUAGAGAUACAUGAUAUUUUUUCUUGGCAUCUAAAUUAAGGAUGUAGAAAUAAUUAAUGGUUUUAAUUUAGGGUCCUAAUUUUGAGGGGAGAAUUGUAACUUUUAAAACUUUUUUUAUAAAAGCCUCCUAUAGAAGAAUAAAUACAUUUUCAGAGUAUAAGCCUUUGAAGAAAAUAGAUUCUUAAUUUUUUGAAAUGUAUCAGUUGACAUAUUAUGUAAAAGAUUUUGUUGGUCAAUUAUACUGGGUACUUUUUUUUCCAUUAAAUAUGUUUCUAUAUUGACUAGUUUUAGCCUUGUGAACAGUUUUAAAAUGAAAAAAGUUUACAGUCUUGAAUAAACGCAUUUGUAAACACAUUUUGCACAUAAUUUAUUUUAAUUUUUUAAUCCAUAAAAUUAUGUAGGAAGUAUGGAGGGAAGAAAAUUGUUUUACCUUACCAGUUUUAUACUCUUUUCCCCUAAGUAUGAAUUUUGAAUCAUGCCAUGAAAACACUAAAAUGGCAAAUGUUUCUUAGUUUGACUUAUAAUUCUAAACAGUAAUAUGAAAGAGUAUUGUUAAAGAGAAUACAUCUGUUUUGUUAGGCAUAUAAAUAAAGAAUAUCGAUAAUGUUAGUUAUUUCCACAAAUAAUGUGCAAAUUUUUCAAUGUAAAAAGUGAAGAAUAACAAUUAAAUUAGCUAGAAUUAUGCUUUCAGUGUCAUUAGCCUCAGAAACCAAUAAUUGUCAUUUGCAUGCCAAAUCUAAUUGUCACACUUAAGGAGAAAUAGAAGCUGUACUUUUAAAUGACUGGGAGGAUUGUUAGUUUGAGAAAUAGCAUCAGGAAAAAUGUUGCAGCAAUACUCUGUACCAGACUUUACCACAGAAAUAAUUUUAUAAAGUCAAAUUACAAAAUGAUAUAUAAAAUAAUUGUCAUUUGCAAUGUUUGUGUGUCCUGAACCAUAGCUUUAUUAAAAUGGUGUCCCUAUUAAUAAAGGAGUAGCCAUUAUCAUAUUAUGGUUGAUGAAAUAUUAGUACAGUGACACUUCACUUAUGCAAGGUUAUUUCCUUGGGAACCUCAACUGUCCAUAACAGUGAGAACUGAAAAGUAAAGGGGAAAAAAAAAGUCAGUAACCACAAAGGCUCACGUAUAUCAUUCAUAGAAAAGCCCCUAAGCAACCUAACACCCAGAGAACUUGUUCCAUUGUACAUAUAAUUCUAAAAAACUUGGUUUUCUGCCUUCUCAGCCUAGCAGAGAUUAAAAUUUAAUGCAACUAAGCAAACAUUUAUUGAAGCCAUCUCAGAUGUAGUCCCUGCCUUCAUUAAGCUUACAGUUUAGUUAACAGCAAAUUAGAAAAAGGGAGAAGAUAGUUGUCCAAACAGACUAACAGUGAAAGAGUCAAGAAAGUGACAAGUUGACACAACUCAAAAAAUAGAGUAGUGUGGGGCUAUUUGUAGUUAGAGUGUGUAUGUUAUCCCUACACACCUCAAUAGCUCCUAUUAACAUCAUUGUAUUAUAGCACAAUAUAAUAGUUGUUCAUGACAAUACCAAGAGAAAAAGGUGAAAUGUUACAAUCGCUCUUAAAGAAAGCAGAAAAGGGUUUAAUAUAUUUUGGAGAAAUGUUGAUUUAAGGUGGUUAAAAUGAAAACUUUGUCACUUUUAAAAGUGUAAGCUUUGGUUUUGUAGAAAAUUCACUUAUAUAGAAUACCUCAUUCCCCACUAAUAAUUGUAUGAAGUGUUGCACUUAUUUUAAGAAGUUGUAAUAAUUCUGUGCCUUGUUCUUUUACCAACCCCAAUGAUGCUACUCUUUAAAUUAAUAUAAGGGACUUUGCUAUGUUACAAUAUUACAAACAUUUUAAUAUGCGCUUAUCUUUUUAAUAACAUCAGAAACAGUUGAGUAAACAAAGAAAAUUCAUUAACUGUGUGCUGUAAUAUAAAAUUGAUUAUAAUAAGCAUACUGUAUGUCUUCACCAAUUACUGUAUUUUGAAAAACUUUGUCCUUUCAGUUAUCUGUGUGUGGAAAAAAUAAAACCCUCCCUAAAGAA